UUGCAUUAAAAGCACCAAUUCUCUUCACUUUUUCUUUACAAUUUUUUGAAUCUCUUAUCUCACUCUCCUCUCUCUCUCUCUCCACAACUACAAGACUCCUAUGACUGUUAAAGCAAGAGAGAGAAGAGAAAACAGCAACUCUUAAAGAAUGAAAUAAAGAGGAAAACAAAAAAGCUAGUCAAUUGUUUAACUCACACUCUCUCGCCCUCUCUCUCUCUCUCCCUCUCUCAAAUUCUCUAAAAUUGGCUUUGAGCAGAUGAAAAGAAUCUCCAUCUUCUUCUCUAUCUCUUGGCUAUCUCUCUCUCUAAACUAUUCACUCACACAGUCAUUCUUCGUCUUCUUCUGUUUCAUGCAAGAUUCAAAGGCCUCACCUGCAAGUACUCAAUCAUCAUCGAUAGAAAAGAGAUGUGUGAGUGUGACAUAAAAAAGGUUAUGGCAAACAGAAAACCUUGGUACCAGAGAGCUAUGGCGGUUGCCAGAUUCGCAACGAAUUGGAGAACAAUCCCUAAAUCAUCAUCACAACAACAACCAGAGAAUUUUCGUCCGUCUCGAAACCCUAGCGUCAACAGCAAGUCAUCCAAUCAUAACCAAAUUUAUCACCAGCUGAGAAAAUGCUCGUCUCUCAAGGUAGCUGCGAAUUCUUUCACUAGGGUUUGCCUCUGCGCUCCGAUUGGUCCAUACGACGACGUUUUUCGGAUUCACGUCCCGCCGAGAAGAAGUUCAAGCUAUCCUCCGUCGAAGCCUCUUCCUAUGGAGACGGCAGUGGCGGUGGCGACGGCGAGGAUGAGUGUGGAUUCAGGGAGGAGGAUAUUUAGAGGGAAGUCGUUGAGGGAAAACGCGUUGAUGAGGAGAUUCGUGGUGGCGGAAGAAGAAGCGAUAAUGGAGAAUAGAAAGAGAGAUCAAAUGGAGAUUGUGAGGAAGAGAAAUCAGAUGAGGAGGAAGAAGAAGCUUGGACCUAGUCCUCUUAGUCGUAUGGUUAUCGCUGAAGAUCAAGAAGUUUGUCUUCUUUGAAACUUUUUCAUCAAGAUCAGAGAAACAAAAAAAAACAUUGGAAAGAUUUUUUUGGUUAUUGUAAUUGUGCUUUUAUUUAUUUUUGGAUUCAGAGAUAAUUAAGCAAAAUACGCAGCCGUUUAAUACCUCUUUGUAAACGGUGCCCUUCUUGUUUAUUUAGUUGUUUUCCGGAGUUUUGAAUGAAGGAUGGAGCUAAAGAGAAUUAAAAUGGUUUACUAAUUUUC